CAUUCUGGAAGGCAAGAGGAAAAAAUGGAAAACGCGGAAUAAAGUUGAAGACUUUCAAACGUGUCUAGUAGCUAACCAUUUUUCCUUUCUUUAUUUCUUUGAAACUUUCAGUUUCACAUUUUUCACUCACUUUCAUGGUUUCUUUGUCUUUGUCAAAAUCACAUUUUUUUGGUUGCUAUUGAUUAGUAUUAUUAUUAUUCACAAUAAUCAACUUUCAGAAGAUUCUAUUUCAUUCAUAAAACCAAACCAAGAAAGAUUCUUUUUCAUUUCAUCUUCAUUCACCGUUGAAAGUUAGAGAGAGAGAGAGAGAGAGAGAGAGAGAGAGACAGAUAGAGAGAGAAGAGAUGACAAUUGGGUUCAUGGAGGUGCUUCUGGUGAAAGCAAAGGGUCUUCAACAAACUGAUGUCUUUGCUCGCAUGGAUCCGUAUGUUUUGUUACAAUACAAAAGUCAAGAGAAAAAGAGCAGUGUUCUUCAUGAGGGCGGCAGCAGUCCUGUAUGGAAUGAGAAGUUUGUAUUCAGAGCGGAAUACCCUGGAUCAGGUGACCAGUACAAGCUCAACCUUAAAAUCAUGGACAAGGAUGUUUUUUCUAGAGAUGAUUUUGUUGGUCAAGCCAUAAUCUAUGUAAAAGAUUUAUUGGUGGAAGGAGUAGAGAACGGAUCAGCUGAGCUUCGUCCUCGCAAGUAUAGUGUGGUUCGAGCUGACAAUUCUUAUUGCGGUGAAAUCGAAGUCGGUAUAACUUUCACUCGAAAGGAAGAUGAAUAUGCCGACAACGACAUUGGAGGAUGGAAGGAUAGUGAAUAUUAACUCAUUGUGCAUCAGAUGUAGGAUUUGGAAUGGUAGAUGAAGGGUUAUGUGACAAAAGAACUUGCAAUUAAUUGAGAUGGUUGUUAAUGAGUUUCAUUGUACAAUUUGUAAUCAGACAAUGAGUUAAUCAUAUGUGCAUUACUUUGAAUUAUUGUUUUGUGAUUUUAGUUUAAGUAAAUACUCAUUUGGUAGAAUGUAAUUGUAAAAACCUUGGAGUCAUCAAUCUAGCUACUUUGAAAUCAUCUAUUUGAUGGUGAAA